CACCAUGGGCUUCCUCGACAAGCUCGCCGCAAAGGCACAGUCCGUCGGCGGCGCCGGCGGCCGCCCGGGCCAGCAGCAGGGCUACGGCGGACAGCAGGGCUACCCGCAGCACGGCUAUGGCCAGCAGCAGCAGGGCUACGGCCACAACCCGUACGCCGGCGGCGCACCUGGUGGCGGAUAUCCGGCAUCGCCCCAGCCGGCCAGCGCAUCUGCUGCGCCCACGGGCGAGAAGGGAGAGAAGGGCGCAGAGGGCGACGACCGGCCGCUGCCCGACGGCUGGGUCAAGCAGUGGGACAGCAACUACAAGCGCAACUUCUUCGUCAACACGCGCGAGACGCCGCCUCGCUCGAUCUGGGUGCACCCGCUGGAUGAGCCCGGCGCGGCGCAGCCUUCCUCCUCCUCCUACGCCGCUCCCAACGCACCGCCGCCUGGCGGUGACAUGCGCGGCGACGGCGGCUACCCGCAGCAGGGCUACGGACAACCUCAGAUGGGCUAUGGCCAGCCGCAGAUGGGCUACGGACAGCCGCAGAUGGGCUAUGGCCAGCCGAUGUACGGCCAGCAGCCCAUGAUGCAGCAGAGUCGCAUGGGCGGCGGCGGCAUGUUUGGCGGCGGUGGCGGACGGCGCAUGGGCGGCGGCGGCGGCGGCAUGGGCAUGCCGCUCAUGGCCGGUGCCGGUAUGGGCUUGAUGGGCGGCAUGCUGCUCGGCAACGCCAUGGGCGACAACGACUACGGCGACGGCUACCAGGACGGCAUGGAUGCCGGCGGCGAUGACGGUGGCGGCGGCGAGUAAGCGCCCGUCGCGCCCGCUUGCGGGUCGCACGAGCGGUGUGCUCGCAUCGACGCCCGGCUCCGCCGAACCACCUCUCUCUCUUCCGGACUUUCCCGCCUCCUCAAGACCUCUUCCGCCUCCAGUCUCCGUCCGCACUCCGCUCGCAGCUGUACAUAAACGACUCCCCCUCGCCUCCAGUCUCCACCACGAGCGAAUGAUACAUACGAUUACCAGCGUCAU